UGUUGGUUUUAAAACAAACAUUUUAUUGUCUCCUAUUGUUGGCCGUUGUUGGCAUGGACAUGUGUACAGCGGUAAGAAUAACACAAAGGACUAUAUCGAAAGGUUUCCUAGUGCAAAGUAUAAUGAAAUUGUUGAAUAAAUUGGAAAAGAGCAACGAUUUAAAUGUCAAUAUAAAAUUUACCGCCAUAUUAAGUGAAUUUUUAAUAAAACAAAAGCAACGUUAUUAUGAAUCGAAUCGUUAUGAGCAACAGGUCUAUUAUAAAUUUUCAAAAUUAAAUCACAUCAUACGCCAGACGGAAGAUGCUGAUUUUGAGAGUGUUCAUAAAACAAUUUUAGAUAAUGUAUUCCAGCGUAAUAUUAUGCUUAUUCCGCCUGUUCUCAAACAGCGUCAUAUUGAUACACAUUUUGAAUAUAAAUCGCUUAUUAAGGACUAUGGCAAAUUGGUUGGUCUGGGUAAUCCCAAUAUUACUCAAUCCGAUGAAUGUUUGGCUACCUUCGCCGCCUUGAAUUCGAGUUGUCAAGUACCUAGAGCAUGUAUUGAUCUGAUGAUCAGUGAUCUGCCCACAUAUGGUUAUCAGCGAAUGCAUCAAAUUUUACUUUUGUACGUUUUCAUGCAUCACAUAUGUGCACCAACGUUGGGCUCACAAACAGCUUAUGAAAUUUUGGCAAGUCAGAAAUGUACACAAGUUUAUCGUGAACAAAAUGUUCUACGUCAUCUUAAUAUACCAGAUGUUUACAGAGAUUUAUAUUUGGAGCAAAAUGUUAUUUGUGGUCUAUUUGGUUAUGUUGAAUUUAUGAAUUGGCACAAUUUAGUUACAGUUUCUAAUUGGCCACAGGAAAACGAAUGUUUGUGUUUAUUUUUUAAUGGCGAAAGUAAAAUUGAUUGUAAUUGUCAGAAUCAUAUCAAUAGUUUGGUUUUAGUCUACUAUAUCAAUGGCUUUUUAAUGUUGGACUAA